GGUCGGUAAAUAGUGGUGAUGUCAUGCGGGCAAGAUGGCGGAAGGGGAGGACGUGGGAUGGUGGCGGAGCUGGCUGCAGCAGAGCUACCAGGCGGUCAAGGAAAAGUCCUCCGAAGCCUUGGAGUUCAUGAAGCGGGACCUGACGGAGUUCACCCAGGUGGUGCAGCAUGACACGGCCUGCACCAUCGCCGCCACGGCCAGCGUGGUCAAGGAGAAGCUGGCUACUGAAGGCUCCUCGGGGGCGACGGAGAAAAUGAAGAAGGGUUUGUCUGACUUCCUAGGGGUGAUCUCCGACACCUUUGCUCCCUCAGCAGACAAAACCAUCGACUGCGAUGUCAUCACCCUGAUGGGCACACCUUCUGGCACAGCUGAGCUCUAUGAUGGCACCAAGGCUCGUCUCUAUAGCCUGCAGUCAGACCCGGCAACCUACUGCAAUGAACCAGAUGGGCCCCCGGAAUUGUUUGACGCCUGGCUUUCCCAGUUCUGCUUGGAGGAGAAGAAGGGGGAGAUCUCAGAGCUCCUUGUAGGCAGCCCCUCCAUCCGGGCCCUCUACACCAAGAUGGUGCCAGCAGCUGUUUCCCACUCAGAAUUCUGGCAUCGGUAUUUUUAUAAAGUUCAUCAGCUGGAGCAGGAGCAGGCCCGGAGGGAUGCCCUGAAGCAGCGGGCAGAACAAAGCAUCUCUGAGGAGCCCAGAUGGGAGGAGGAAGAAGAGAGAGGAAGAGAGAGAGAGAAAAACAUCCAUGUCAGAAAGAAACAUCAAUCAACUGCCUCUUGUACAUGCCUCGACGGGAUUGAACCCGCAAGCUGGGUUUGUGCCCAGCUGGGCAAUCGAACCCAUGACUUUUCGGUAUACUGGAUGGGACGACGCUCCAACCAACUGAGUCACACAGAGGAGCUUGUGGGCAUUUCACCCACACCUCCAGAAGAGGCAAAGGUUCCUGUGGCCCAAACGUGCACAUCCCUUGAAGGAGGACCUGGCCCCCAGAGUCCCGGUGAAGAGAAUCUGGUGACUCCAGUCGAGCCUCCAACAGAAGUCACUCCGUCCGAGAGCAGCGAGAGCAUCUCCCUCGUGACCCAGGUUGCCAAAUCUGCCACCACACCUGAGGCACCAGGACUGCCCAAGGACCUGUCCCAAAAGCUUCUAGAGGCCUCUUUGGAGGAACAGAACCUGGCUGUGGAUGUGGGCGAGACUGGACCCCCACCCCCAGCUCAGUCUAAGCCCCACGCCUCUGCCGGUCGCCCCAGUGGCCCAGAGCCCAGGCCUCCAGCCAGAGUAGAGACCCUCAGGGAGGAGGUGCUCACAGACUUGCGGGUGUUUGAGCUGAACUCGGACAGUGGGAAGUCUACACCUUCCAACAACGGGAAGAAAGGCUCAAGCACAGACAUCAGCGAGGACUGGGAGAAGGACUUUGACUUGGACAUGACUGAAGAAGAAGUGCAGAUGGCACUCUCCAAAGUGGAUGCCUCGGGUGAGCUGGAAGACGUAGAGUGGGAGGACUGGGAAUGAGGGGAGCCAGAGCAAGCAGCUCCCCUCCCACAGCACCUCCCAUUUCCCUCAUCGUCUCAGCCCAGCCCUGGAAGGCACUGACCAAGAAUGUCCCCCAAGUGGCCUCUCAGCCAGAGCUCUCGGCACAGAUCCUGAGUUGCUUCUCGCUGGCCCUGUGGGCCUCUGCUCACAUCUGGGAAGGGGCUCACAAACCAAGAAUCUGACUUGUGCCAACCAUAGGAUGACCUAAGGGGGAGGAAACCUGCCCCCUCACCGGAAGAGCCUACAUUUCUAUGCUGAAUACCCUGUUCCUGGGGACUCUUGCUGGGAAGUACCCAGGGAUAGCUCCAUCCCUUCUGCCUGUGUGGACAGAAGCUGAACCACCAGUCUCUUGGAAGAAGCCAAGUCAACACACUGUCCACCCGUAAGCAGGCAAGGAAAGACAUGCCACCUGCCAUUGGCUAGAUAGGGAUGGCAAACAGUUUGGUUCUUAUUCCGGUGGGUAAGAGACGUUUGAUUCUGGGGAAUUAGCCUCUCUUGGGAAUCCUCUUCCCAGGCAUUUCCAUUCCAGAAAGGUUCCUUGUGGUUCAGAAUCUAGAGACCAAACCCUGAGUUCCCAUCUCCUCUCAUCCAGCCCAGUGGGACGUCCCCAACACCUUUCCCAGGGCUUCCUCAUGUCAGAUGCACCCAAGUCCUUAGCCCAGCUGUGCCACCUGCAAGACUCUGCUCUUGCUUUUCUCCCCUCCCCGCGAAGGGAGGGGCCACUUCAGGCCCUUCUGUGCGAUGCCUGGCGGGGUACUUUGUCCAGCCAGCUCCCCACCUCAGUUCACCUGGAUCUUAGGACAUGAGCAGCUCGCAGUGGUACAGAGCAGCGGUCAAAGCUGAGUACUUACAGCUCGGGUAGCCCAUUUCUCUGCCUCAGCCCUUCUGUCUCUAGAAGGGAGCGCUUCUGAGAAGGCUUCUGAGAAAGCUCUUCUUGAAGGCAGGCCUGUCUUUGUCUCUCACCCUCCACUCUGCUAAAGCCGCACCUCUCUUGGGGGAAUGCAGGGCUGCAGGAAUCCCUGGAGGCCCUGGUGCUUAGUGCUGCUCUAGUAUUCUAGUACAUAGUCUGGUGUUCACCAAUGAUUUCCUGGGAGCGUGGCUGGGAGCCCAAGGAGUGGGGGUGGGGCGGAGAGAAUGCGGAAUCUGUUUGAUGGGAUGGGGUUUUUCUCUUUGUAAUUAUUUCUUUAGUUUAAUUAAUCUUUUGGUUGUUUGUGCAAUAUUAUAUAUUUUAAAUUAUAAUGCAUCUCCCCAGAGUAUUUUGUAGCUGGGAAAAGAAAAAAAGGAGAAAAAAAAAAAGAUUCUAACAGCUGUUAGUUUUGUAAUUAAAAAAGAAAGAAAAAAGAACUUUGUCCUGAACCUUUUCCAGACUUGUCGUUAACAGCAUUAAAGAGAUUCAACAGAAGCUG